AUGGAGAAUCAACCAGUUGUGUUACGAAACCAGGAUGGCAAGAGAGCAUCAUGUGCAGUACCUGCUUUUCCCAUCCUUGUGAAAGAGCCACUGGGCAGUGGAAGAGCUGAUCAAAGCACCUUGCUUUCAAAUCACAAUAGCUUUGGUCUUGUGAGCAGUGCAAUAUCAUCAGUAAAUUCUAAAGUGAAGACUUGCCUUCCUGUGGAUUGUACCUCUGGAGGCAUUACUGUCACCUUGGACAACAAUACCAUGUGGAAUGAGUUCUACCAUCGCAAUACAGAAAUGAUUCUCACUAAGCAGGGAAGGCGGAUGUUCCCAUAUUGUCGAUACUGGAUCACAGGCCUGGAAUCCAACCUGAAGUAUAUCCUGGUCAUGGAUAUUUCUCCCGUUGACAACUACCGCUAUAAAUGGAAUGGGCAUAGUUGGGAGCCCAGUGGAAAAGCAGAACCUCACGUCUUGGGGCGAGUAUUUAUUCAUCCGGAAUCACCUUCCACAGGUCAUUACUGGAUGCAUCAGCCAGUGUCUUUCUACAAACUCAAACUUACUAACAAUGCCUUGGACCAGGAAGGGCACAUCAUCUUGCACUCCAUGCACCGCUAUCUACCUCGCCUACAUUUGGUGCCUGCCGACAAAGCCACAGAAGUUAUCCAGCUGAACGGUCCUGAUGUCUGCACCUUCACCUUCCCACAGACAGAAUUCUUUGCUGUGACAGCCUAUCAAAACAUUCAAAUUACACAACUAAAAAUAGACUAUAAUCCAUUCGCAAAAGGUUUUCUGAAAGAUGGACUGAGAAGUAGUUCCCAAUGUGAGGCAAAGCAAAAUGGUAGGUUAGAGUAUGAAGUCUUUCCUAAUAAUGACAGAUGCCCAUGUUCUCCUGAAGCUGAUAUUUUGGAUCCUGGACAGAGAGGCCUAAAUGGUUUAUACAACAACCAGAAGAUGUGUAAUACUGAUUUGGAAAGAGAGUCAUUCAAUUCAGACAUCAAUGAGCCUGAUGAACCAGAAUUAAAGCAGGAGACAUCUGAAUUUCCAAUAGCUAACCCUUGUGAAAGUGACUCUCACAUGAAAUCUCUGCUGAUCUCAAGUGGGGACAUCAAUGUUUCCAUUAAAGAGGAGCUGGUAGAUGAUUCUGAUUAUGUUUCAAAUGUCAAUAUGGAAAGGAUGCAGUUGAAACAGGAAGACAUCAACAAAGAGACAGAAGAUUUUUCCUGUAGUGAUGAUGAUCCCAUAUUGGAGAAGCAGUUGAAGAAACAUAGUGAAAUGGGAGAAUCCCACAAGCGAUCACACAAUAGCCCAUUGGGUGUUGCCAAAACAAAAAUGCUAAAAUUGGACAAUAGAACAAUGUCUGCAGCUUCUAUAGAGGCCUAUGAGGUCACCAAGAGUAUGGUAAAGAUCUCUGCUCUUCAGUCCAUUUUGUCUUCUUGUCGGACAGAUAAAUCCCUUUUGAAACAUUCAGAACAUUUAUUUCCUGCUGGUUUUGAAAACAUCGCUAGUCCAAUUAAAGCUGUAGGGACAAAAAUUAAAAACUUUUUUUCUGGAAACAAUGAAGAACAGAAAUAUUGUUUAGUCAAAGAUGUGCCAUGGGAAAACAUUCAAAUACAUAACAGCCAUUCCAUAAAGCAAAAACCAUUGAACCUCAAAUGCACAAACUCAGCAGCAGCCAUAAAUAAUGUUGGAGGAAAAAAGCCAAAUACAGCGAAGAAACCUGUGUUGAGUACUGAUGUUAAUAGUAAUCCAAGUGCUGUGUUAUCAGGACCAUGUAGGAGAGGAAGACCUCAGAAGCUGAAGUCAGAGGUUGAACAACCCCUGAAAUACAUCAGAAAGGCUAUUAUGAAGAACCGUUGUGCCCCUUUGAGAUCAUGUUCUGACCACCCAGAGUUUAUACUUGAUCAUGAGGAUGUGGAUGGAGUCCUGUUUGUAUCCUUUGAAUCAAAGGAAGAUCUCAAUAAUCACACCAUUGAUCAGUCUGGGAGAACAGGAGAACCACUGAAUGAACAGACUGUUUUACAAAUUACAUGUGAUUCAGAGAAGCCAAAUCUGCUCGAAAUAAAGCUCUUAGAAGAUUUGAAGUCCUUCAGGCAUAAACAAGUGAUACAUCCCAGUCUUCAAGAAGUGGGACUGAAGCUGGGUUCUGUGGACCCAGCAGUUAGCAUUGACCUAAAAUAUUUGGGUGUACAGCUUCCUCUGAGAUCUUCAAAGGAUCGUGUAUUUGGUAACAACCAAGGAAUAAGACCCAGUUCUUUAGAUGCUAGCCUUUCCUUCAUUUCCAGGACUGGGAAAACAGAUGAUUUUAGAAAGAUAAAAGGAUGGCAGGAAAAAGUCCACAAUACUUCUAGGCAUGAAGGUACCAUUCUGGAGGGCUCCUUGAAGAACCGAUCUGCCUUCUGCAGUGAUACACUCGAUGAAUAUUUAGAAAAUGAAGGGAAACUAAUGCAAACAAGUAUGGGAUUUCCUCCUAACUUCUCCAGUUGUCCUGUGGUUCACCAGUUUUCAUCUGAAAGCAGCAACUAUGUACAAGCGCAACACAGCAUUCUAAAGAAAAAAUGCACUCCACCCACCUCUUACAAUUUUAAGCCACUAUCUCUGCCUUCCUUUAGAAAGAGAAGAAGAAACAUUAAUAGGAAAAAAGUGUCUUCUAGAGGCAGCAUAAAAUCCAGUAAUUCUGCAGUGGCUUCACUUGCUUUGUCAAAGGAGCAAUACCACAUCCAAGUCUUGGAAGACAGAGUUACUAAUCCUCAGCCAAACAGCGAAACAGAUAAUACAGUAAAUGUUCUUAUGACGCCAGACUUAGAUGAAGAUGUGCAGGGAAAACAGGGAACUGUUUGUUGGUCAACAUGGAACAGUAACAUAUGUACAACUGAUACAAAACUGAUGGAUCUGGAGGGUUGUGCGUUACAGGAUGGGAAGCCACAAACUUAUAUUACUGAAGAACGUGCGGACUUUUCUCUGAGAACUCUGUUCAUUUCACAGUUUCCAGGGCAGAAGAGUGCUACAAGUUCCCGCAUUCAACAUUCUGCAUCUCCAGUGGAACAGAAUGUGACAGAGAAAGUUGAGUUCGGUACUAUCCAUCUAGAAGAAAAGAAGUCACACAAACAGGAGACAGAGACAGUGGAAUUGCAGAUCACAAUGUCUGAUAGUAAACCAGAAGAAUUGUUAAUAACUCAACCACAGUCCCAUGUAGAAGGGAUCAUGUAUGACAGAGAUGCUGUUACUUCAUGGGUAGCAGGGAAGAAUACAGAAAUGGUGAAACAGUUAUCAAGUGCUGUUUCUGUCUUCCAACUUGAGACUGUUUUACUAGAUCACUCCUAUUUCAUCAAAGGAACAGCUGAGCUGCUACAGAAUAUUAAACUUUCUGAAGACACAUCAGAUGAUAUUUUUCAAAUCGAUAACAGUGAAUCCAAUGAAGGUAACAAAAAUGUGGACAUCAGAUCUGUGGAGAAGGAGUUUUUAAAGAAAACGAAUAACUUGGAUAUUGAGACAGCAGCUGCCCAUGCCUUACCAUCCAGACAACUGAACUUGGUUCAUGACCAUUCAGAUAAGGUGAUCACACCGUCUCCUAAGCAGUCUGAAUUCCGGAACAGUAAGCUAAAGGAGGUGGCACGAGUUGUGACUAGGCAUCGUUCAAAACACACAGAAGAAGAACGUUGCCGCCGCAAAGAAAUUAAAGAACUCUUUGAAAAAUUGCAAGUGACUUUGCAAUUGCACGGCCACAGAGUUGCCAAGCGCAUCCUGCUUGAAAAAGCCUUUGAAGAGAUCCAGGGGCUAGUGAAUCAGGCAGAUAAACUGAUGGGUCAGAAGAAGUUACUGAUGCGCAGGCAGGACAUCCUGAUUCAUAAAGCAUCUGCACUAUCAGGCAAGACACAGGAGGUUGUCUUGAAGAAGCUUCAGUAUAUCAGUACAAAGCAGAAAGCAGUAGAAGCACAGCAGCAGCAACAGAAAAAACAACCUGUGAAGGCUGUUGAAAGUGCAGAGACUGCUAGGCCAUAUGUGCAAGACGGUUCCUGUUCUGAGAUGAAAAAAGUGAUUCCAUCUCAGAGUCAAGAGAAAUCCAUUAUACUUUGCACGACAGAUAGUCACGCCACAGAAAAUGAAGACUCAUUUCUGAUGCCAAGGAUAGUAAAUGUGAUGUCACUUGCUACAGAAGAAGAUACAGAUUUAAAUCUGGAUAUAAAUAGGAAUCCUUAUGUAUCCCCUGUUAUAGGUUCCCUGUCAUCUAAGCCUUCCUUGCCAGUGGUGUCUCAGGAAAUAAAUUUUCAGUGUGUAGAAAAAGCUGAUUCUUCUUGUGGAAAAGAGGGAGAGGCUACUGACACAACCAAGCACUUUACUUGGAAAAAGGAAAUCAGCUUUUCACAAAUGGGGAAUGACUCCAGUUUAAAAGAAUCUCCAGAAUCAUUUGCAACAAAACUCUGUGUUGAAGAAUUAGCUCAAAGACAGGCGAAAGAAAAACAGAUUGGCAGUGGAGAAAGUAGACGGCAGUCAAAGGAUUCUUCCUUCCAAGAGUUGCAGGUGAAGGAACCCAAAGCUGUUGGGGUAGAAAUGGAAUUACAAAAAGUAGCUUUUGCAAUACAGGAAGCAGCACCAGAUGCAAGUGACAUGAAUGAUAACACAGAUGAAACUCUUACCUCACUUCUGAAUGAAAUUGUAUUUCUUAACCAUCAGCUGAAUGAUGGUGCUUCAGAUGUAUCAGAAGUCCCCAACUCUCUAAGUUCUUGCUUUUCUCCAGGAGGCAUGGAGAGUCCUAGGGAACCAGCUAUUGCAGAUGGAGCUCCCUUUCAGUUUGGCUCAUUGGGUGGGAACUUCACGAACCUCUGCCUUGUUCAAGAGAGCAGUGGUUCCAUUACCCCUCUCUUGCUUUACUUGGAAGAUGACAGCAUAGCUGAUUAUGACAGAACCUUGGGACAGCCUUCAUCUAAACCAGGUGUUUUGAAACUAAUGUUAGGUUCUGAAGUAAAGGAUCAAAAUCUAGAUCUGUCAGCAGUAAAUAUUGGUGGAAAUGGAAAACAUUUGGAACCUCUGUCAAACACCACACAUGUGUCACCUCCGAUCCUAAAGAUGAAGACUAGUCUGGAACCUGGCAAACGUGACACAAUAUGGAAGCCCAUGCCCAAACUGGCUCCCUUUGGAUUAAAAUCUGCUAACUUUCCAUUAGAUUCAGGGGGGCAGAUUACCAAAGUGAUAUCUUUAUUGGAACCCAUUAAUGCAAAAGUGUCAUCCUUUGGGCUAGAAACCACACAGUCAGUUAUUAAUCAAGAAUAGGACUGAAUGUAAUGCCUAUACUUGCACUGUCUCAAUAGCAAAUGUCAA